UGUGGUAUCUGGUGAUCGUACAAUGCUGAGAAAUAGUUUUUGAGAUAUUUAUACUUUUACUAAUUCCCACGCUGGUUUUUCCUGAAUCUAUAACCGUGGUUACAACCUAAUCGAAACAAGGAAUCAAGUGACGAAGGCUGUAUAUAAGAUAAAAGUGAAAAAUGGAUCAAAAAGCGAAAUCAAAACAGACUGAGCGCAACAAUAAGAAAGCGAAUAGAUUUUAUCAGCAAAAACAAAAGGAAUUAAUGAAUUUAACUAGCAAAUUAACCAGUAUUAUCAAUGAAUGUAAUGUAAACGGCAAUAUUACCGUUUGGGAAUGUCAUUUACAGUUGCAGUCAAUUAUAAAUGAGAUUAUAGAAAUAGAAAGUACACUGACCAAAAGUAAACCAAAUUCACGAAAGUUAAAUUUAGAGAAGUAUGUUACUUGGCUCCGUGAGAAUAAGGCUGAAUUUGAAGGCAUAGAAGUAUGUGAAUUUGAAGGCUACGAGCUUGGACUAAAAGCAACAAAAGAAUUUACAGAGGGUUCACUGAUGCUAACUGUACCUCGUAAACUGAUGAUGAGUGUGUCAAACGCAGAGCAGUCUGAACUGUCACAGUUCCUAGAAAUAGAUCCAUUGAAAGUUAUGCCAAAUUAUAUACUCGCUUUUUACUUACUUCUAGAAAAACAGAAUCCAGAUUCGUUUUGGAAACCAUACAUAGAUGUUUUACCUGAGAAAUAUACCACAAUUCUUUAUUUUACUCCAGAAGAGCUGGCUGAAUUAAGGCCAUCGCCUGUUUAUGUGCAUUCACUGAAACUAUACCAAAGCCUUGUGAGAUGGUAUGCAUAUUUUUACAAAAGAAUCAAUACUAUGGAACACUUACCCGUGAUGAAAAAGCUGAAAGAAGUUUUUACAUUUGAAAACUACAGAUGGGCGAUAUCAUCAGUGAUGACUCGUCAGAACAACAUCCCGGCGGCGCAGGAGGGCCGCGACGAUACCGCCUUCAUACCGCUGUGGGACAUGUGCAACCAUGAGGACGGCACGAUAACAACAGACUACAACAAGGACUUGGACCGCAGCGAGUGUUACGCGCUUCGCGAAUUCCGCGGUAACGAGCAGGUGUUCAUAUUCUACGGGCCCCGACCCAACUGCGAUAUGUUCCUGCAUAACGGAUUUGUCUACCCAAACAACAAGCACGACAGUCUUUCACUAGCGUUAGGCAUCAGCUCGAAAGACCCGCUCAGGUUCGAAAGACUCGGUCUACUGAAGAAACUCGGUCAGGUCCAAGACAAAGACAAAGAUGACAAGACAGAUAAUCAAGUGCUGAACUACAACUUGUAUAGGAUGCCUAACCCUAUUAGUGCGGAGUUGCUGGCUUUCAUACGGAUAUUUACUAUGAAAGAAGAAGAGCUCAGGAAGAUACAAUCCAACGACGGUUUUGUAUGGGAGCUAGUGUCGCCCGACGACGGUAAUACCGCAGUGGACGCCGAGCUAGACCGCCGCGCGUAUAACUACUUAUUAACGCGAUGUGCACUCAUACGACGAUCUUAUAAGAUAGAGGAUAGUGAUGAGUUAUCGGAGCACAGGAAAAAUGUGAAAUUGCUUAAACAAUCUGAAGUACAAAUACUGGACGGUGCCAUAGACUACCUAACACAGAUCAUAGACAAACUACCCGGAAAAUAGAGGAUACAAUCCAAAGACUUAUUUAUUAUAGAUUUAAAUAAUUUUAUGUACAAAAAUUGUACAAAAUGCUUACGAUAUCAAAAUAUUUACUAUGUGUAUUUGCUGUAUGUUUACGAAUUUACUUUAAAAAAAUAG